AUGCCAGCGUGGAAGAAGGAGUUGCUGGGGGUCACCGAUGAAGUGCAGGAAGAGGAGAUCUUGGGGGAGGAGGGUCUGUCCCUGGACAUGCAGAUCAAAGUGCGCUCCGAAACAACGGAAGUGCCUAGAGAUUUGGACUCCCAGGAGGAGGCGUCCGCUACGUCACCGGAGCCAGAAGAAGCUGCCCAUAGCAUGGCCAUAUCGGUGUCGCCCCAGGGGAGCCAAGCAUUGAAGCCCUGCAGAGCGCUGAGAGACUGGGAGGAUCAAAAGGAAUUGGUCGAGGACUUGCGAGAACGGAUGAGAUUUCAAGAGGUGAAGUUUGUUGCAAGCGACAGUCCAUCUUUGAAACUGUUCCGGAAGAUCAAAGCCGUUUGCAGGCAUCUCCAAUGCAUUUCAUUGGAUCCAGUGCACCUGGCCAUCGUGUACGAAUACGCCCAGUGGGGCAAGAAAUCUGCGGGCUCCAGGGUGCUCAGGCCCGCAGCCCUGAGCAGAGAAGAAGAGCAGGCCCGACAAAAAAUUUUGGACGGUAGCAUGAGUCAAGCCAGGGCCAAACGCAUCCUAGAGGCAUUAGAUGCAAAUACACCACUCCUUUCCCGAAUCACAUUCGUGGAAACGCUCGCAGCCAUCUGCACUUGUUUCCCUAAUGAAGUGAGCCGAAGAGUCACCGGUACCAACAAAGAAGUCCGGAAAAUUCUGUGUGCAGCGGCAGCACCGGAUCGUAUGGAAUGGUUGUUCAACAACCUGCGAGUCCGGCAUGCCAUGACUCCGGCCCAGAGAGCUUUGUUACCAAGCGGAACCUCUUCGAAUGAAGCACUACAUGCUGAAAUUAAUGCGUGGUCAAGGACAAAUCAUGCGCUGCAUCAAAGCACUCUGCGAUUGAAACUUCAAAUCAUGCAAUUCGGCAAGCUGGUGGCACAUCACGCUGCCACCUGCUUCCCUACAAUCAAGCAGUGCAGCGAAUCAGUGCUGCUGGCGCGGUGCUUGGCUUCGGAGGAUUGGCCGGAUGAGAGGUGGAAAGCAUGCUGCAAAGGCACUGAGAAGGCACAUCUUCCUUUGCACAAGGACAGAGUGCAGGAGGCGGCGCAGGUCCGGCAGUGGAAUGCUGCCAAUGUGAUGAAGGUACGGAAACACCAUGUCAAAAAACGCACGGUUCACACUGUGAGGCGGCACCGCUCGAUUCGUUCAGCUGGUGUUAAGAUUGCACCAAAGCGAAAUCCAAUGCGAGCAUAG